AUGAACCCAGAUAAUAGGGUAACGUGGGGUAAAAUGUCCCCCCUAAGCUAGUGCAUUAGCUAAGGGGGAGCUGUUAUCCCACGUUACCCCUAAGCUAGUGUGUUAAAAUAAAUUUUUAUAAAUGUUUGUUUGACAUUUGUUUGUAAUGAACUCCUAAAAGCUAAAGUCUAGGUAUCAUAUUUAAAUUAAAUAAAUCAAAUAUUGAAACAAAAGGGCAUUGCAUAUCUCACUGUUAAUAUCCUCACUAUGAUGAUGUUUUGAUGUAAGGUCAAUUUUCUCGUUUUUGUGCCAAAUCAUGUAAAAAUUAUCCUAAAGUAUCUAAAAAAUGACUGUGUAACUCAAUUAAAGAAAUUACUCUGUGUAACUACAGUGCCUUCACAAAGUAUUGAUACCCCUUGACUUAUUCCACAUUUGGUUGUAUUACAGCCUGAAUUCAAAAUUGAUUAAAUCAAUUUUUUUUCUCACCAACCUACACAAUAUGCCCCAUAAUGACAUAUACCCCAUAAUUAUAAAACAUUUGCACAUUUAUUGAAAAUGAAAUACAGAAAUUUCGAAUUUACAUAAGUAUUCACACCCCUGAAUCAAUACAUGUUAGAAUCACUUUUGCAGCGAUUACAGCUGUGAGUCUUUCUGGGUAAGUCUCUAAGAGCUUUGCACACCUGGAUUGUACAAUAUUUGCCCAUUAUUCUUUAAAAAAAUAUAUUCAAGCUCUGUCAAAUUGAUUGUUGAUCAUUGCUAGACAACCAUUUUCAUGUCUUGCCAUAGAUUUUCAAGCAGAUUUAAGUUAAAACUGUAACUCGGCGACUCAGGAACAUUCACUGUCUUCUUGGUAAGCAACUCCAGUGUAGGUUUGGCCUUUGGUGUUUUUGGUUAUUGUCAUGCUGAAAGGUGAAUUCAUCUCUCAGUGUCUGGUGGAAAGCAGACUGAACCAGGUUUUCCUCUAGGAUUUUGCCUGUGCUUAGCUCUAUUCCGUUUAUUUUUUAUCCUGAAAAACUCCCCAGUCCUUAAUGAUUACAAGCAGACCCAUAACAUGAUGCAGCCACCACUAUGCUUGAAAAUAUGGAGAGUGGUACUCAGUGAUGUGUUGUGUUGGAUUUGCCCCAAACAUAAAACUUUGUAUUUAGGACAAAAAGUUAAUUGUUUAGCCACAUUUUUUGCAGUAUUACUUGCAUGUUUUGGAAUAUUUGUAUUCUUUAAAGACUUCCUUCUUUUCACUCUGUCAAUUAGGUUAGUAUUGUGGAGUAACUACAAUGUUGUUGAUCCAUCCUCAGCUUUCUCCUAUCACAGCUAUUAAACUCUGUAACUGUUUUAAAGUCACCAUUGGCCUCAUGGUGAAAUCCCUGAACUGUUUCCUUCCUCUCCGGCAACUGAGUUUGGAAGGACGCCUGUAUCUUUGUAGUGACUGGGUGUAUUGAUACACCGUCCAAAGUGUAAUGAAUAACUUCACCAUGCUCAAAGGGAUAUUCAAUGUCUGCUUUUUUUUACCCAUCUACCAAUAGGUGCCCUUCUUUGCGAGGAAUUGGAAAACAUCCCUGGUCUUUGUGGUUGAAUCUGUGUUUGAACUUCAUUGCUUGACUGCGGGACCUUACAGAUAAUUUUAUGUAUGGGGUACAGAGAUGAGGUAUUCAUUCAAAAAUCAUGUUAAACACUAAUAUUGCACACAGAUUGAGUCCAUGCAAUUUAUUAUUUGACUUUUUAAGCACAUUUUUACUCCUGAACUAAUUUAGGCUUGUUAGACAUUAUCGAUCAUAUUCUGAUGCUGGAAAAAUGUAUGUGUUAUGGCUUUACACCCCCUGCUAUAUUGUGGAUAAAGAGUUACCUGUCUAACAUAACACAGAGGGUGUUCUUUAAUGGAAGCCUCUCCAACAAAAUCCAGGUAGAAUCAAGAAUUCCCCAGGGCAGCUGUCUAGGCCCUUUACUUUUUUCAAUCUUUACUAACGACAUGCCACUGGCUUUGAGUAAAGCCUAUGUAUGCGGAUGACUAUACACGUCAGCUACCACAGCAACUGAAAUGACAGCAACACUUAACAAAGAGCUGCAGUUAGUUUCAGGAUGGGUGGCAAGGAAUAAGUUAUUCCUAAAUAUUUCAAAAACUAAAAGCAUUGUAUUUGGGACAAAUUAUUUACUAAACCCUAAACCUCAAGUACAUCUUGUAAUGAAUAAUGUGGACAUUGAGCAAGUUGAGGAGACUAAAUUGCUUGGAGUAACCCUGGAUUGUAAACUGUCAGGGUCAAAACAUAUUGAUACAACAGUAGCUAGGAUGGGGAGAAGUCUGUCUAUAAUAAAGUGCUGCUCUGCAUUCUUAACAGCACUAUCAACAAGGCAGGUCCUACAGGCCCUAGUUUUGUCGCACCUGGACUACUGUUCAGUUGUGUGGUCAGGUGCCACAAAGAGGGACAAUUGCAAUUGGCUCAGAACAGGGCAGCACGGCUGGCCCUUGGAUGUACACAGAGAGCUAACAUUAAUAAUAUGCAUGUCAAUCUCUCCUGGCUCAAAGUGGAGGAGAGAUUGACUUCAUCACUACUUGUAUUUGUGAGAGGUAUUGACAUGUUGAAUGCACCGAGCUGUCUGUUUGAACUACUGGCACACAGCACGGACACCCAUGCAUACCCCACAAGACAUGACAGCAGAGGUCUCUUCACAGUCCCCAAGUCAAGAACAGACUAUGGUAGGCGCACAGUACUACAUAGAGCCAUGACUACAUGGAACUCUAUUCCACAUCAAGUAACUCAUGCCAGCAGUAAAAUUAGAUUUAAAAAACAGAGAAAAAUACACCUUAUGGAACAGUGGGGACUGUGAAACAACGCAAACAUAGACACAUGCAUACAAACACACAAUAACAUUUGCACUAUACACAUGUACACAUGGAUUUUGUGUUAUAGAUAUGUGGUAAUGGAGUAGAGAUCUGAGGGCACACACUUAAUGUUGUGAAAUCUGUUAUGAAUGUAUUAUAAUGUUUUUAAAAUGUAUAACUGCCUUCAUUUUGCUGGACCCCUGUGAUGAGUGGUCCUCUGUAGCUCAAUUGGUAGAGCAUGGCGCUUGUAACGCCAGGGUAGUGGGUUCAAUCCCCGGGACCACCCAUACGUAAAAAUGUAUGCACACAUGACUGUAAGUCGCUUUGGAUAAAAGCGUCUGCUAAAUGGCAUAUUAUUAGAAGGAGUCAGGCGCAGGAGGGUAAGUCACAGAAUACAGAGUUUAUUCCGUCGUACACAGUUGCGCUGGAUAGCGACAAUAAAAUACAGGCACAGGGGAACAAUCUACCCCGGCAAUACAAGGUACGAGUAGCUCCACCGAGCUACAUUCAACUCACAUAAAACAAUCACCCACAAGGACAAGGGGGCAGAGGGAACACUUAUACACGGACUAAUGAGGGGAUAUGAACCAGGUGUGUGUAAUUGACAAGACAAGACAAAUGGAAUGAUGAUAUAUGGAGCGGCAGUGGCUAGUAAGCCGGUGACGACGAACGCCGAAGCCUGCCCGAACAAGGAGGGGAGGCAGCCUCGGCGGAAGUCGUGACAACCCCAGGAAGAGUAGCUGCUGCAUUAGCAGGAACUAAUGGGGAUCCAUAAUACAUACAAAUACAAAUAACAAAGGGGUUGAUACUUACAGUGGCUUGCGAAAGUAUUCACCCCCCUUGGCAUUUUUCCUAUUUUGUUGCCUUACAACCUGGAAUUAAAAUUGAUUUUUGGGGGGUUUGUAUCAUUUGAUUCCGUCUCUCACAGUUGAAGUGUACCUAUGAUAAAAAUUACAGACCUCUACAUGCUUUGUAAGUAGGGAAACCUGCAUAAUCGGCAGUGUAUCAAAUACUUGUUCUCCCCACUGUAUAUAAAAAGUUUAUAGGUCUAAAUUAAUUAGAUUAUGUAUAUAACUUUUUCUAAAUUAUUAAAUAUUAGAUCAACUUACCUCAGAAUCGUUUUGUUAGAGUGACUUAAAAAAUGUAGAUGAGAUAGAUAACGUUUUUAGUUGUGCAAGAGUAGUGGCAGCCAGGUAUGACAUUAUUUUUAAAUGACUACCCCAUCUCUGUACCCCACACAUACAAUUAUCUAUAAGGUACCUCAGUCGAGCAGUGAAUUUCAAGCACAGAUUCAACCACAAAGACCAGGGAGGUUUUCCAAUGGUUCGCAAAGAAGGGCACCUAUUGGAAGAUGGGUAAAUAAAAAAUAAAAAAUAAAUUUGAGCAUGGUGCAGUUAUUAAUUAUACUUUGGAUGGUGUAUCAAUACACCCAGUCACUACAAAGAUACAGGCACCCUUCCUAACUCCUUUUCUGGAGAGGAAGGAAACCGCUCAGGGAUUAAAACAGUUACAGUUUAAUGGCUGUGAUAGGAAAUAACUGAGAAUGGAUCAACAGCAUUGCAGUUACUCCACAAUACUAACAUAAAUGACAGAGUGAAAAGAAGGAAGCCUGUACAUAAUAAAAAUAUUCCAAAACAUGUAUCUGUUUGCAAUAAGGCACUAAAUUAAUACUGCAAAGAAUGUGGCAAAUAAAUGAUAUUUUUGUCCUGAAUACAAAGUGUUAUGUUUGGGGCAAAUCCAACACAUUACUGAGUAAUUUUCUUUCAAGCAUGGUGGUGGCUGCAUCUUGUUAUGGGUAUGCUUGGAUAGAAAGAAAUGGAAUAGAGCUAAGCACAGGUAAAAUCCUAGAGCAAAACUUAGUUCAGUCUGCAUUCCAACAGACACAUGGAGACAAAUUCACCUUUCAGCAGGACAAUUACCUAAAACACAAGGCCAAAUAUAUGCUGGAGUUGCUUACCAAGACAACAUCGAAUGUUCCUGAGAGGUCUAGUUACAGUUUUGACUUAAAUCGGCUUGAAACUUAGUGGCAAAGCUUGGCAAAGCUUGGCUGUCUAGCAAUGUUCAACAACCAACUUGACAGAGCUUGAAAAUGUUUUAAAGGAAUAAUGGGCAAAUAUUGUACAAUCCAGGUGUGCAAAGCUCUUAGAAAUUUACCCAGAAAGACUCACAGCUGUAAUCGCUGCCAGUGAUUCUAACAUGUAUUGACUCAGGGGGUUGAAUAAUUAUCUAAUCAAGAUAUAUUAGUGUUUUAUUUUCCUAUUAAUACAAAACAAACGUUUGAAUUUUUAUUUUACAUUACAGAGUAUUUUGUGUAGAUAGUUGACAAAAAUUACAAUUAAAUCCAUUUUAAUCCCACUUUGUAACAUAACAAAAUGUCAAAAAAGUAAAGGGGUAUGAAUACUUUCUGAAGGCACCUCAGAUUGAAAUGUUCAAAUGUGAGACUUCAUAUUCCCUACAAAACAGUCCUAGGGCUGUGAACAACUGAGAACCUGGUAAAAAAAAAAAAAGAAGGAUAUAUUGUAUUCUAUACCGUAACGUUAUGCAUGUAUUUUGCUUCUCUAUUGACCUUUGAAUGCCUAUUGUGUACUGUAGUCUAUAUGUCUUUGAAUAUAUUGCUCCCCUUUAAACUGAAUAUCACAUAGCCUAUUAGGAAAGAAGACACUAACUGAUUCAGUCGUAAGCUCUCAGUUUGACAUGCCAAACCAAGCCUGUCCAUUGUCAGGUCUCCUUCCCUGGCUGCCGUCCCUGACCUAAAGGGCUUGGAGGGGUUAAAUCUGUUCAAUACACUUUAUCUCAGUUAGUUGAUCUCUGACAGAUGAACAUCACAAAACACCAAUUCAGAAAGGUGUCUGAGUUUAGGCUUAAAAAAUUAAUCAUUUUUAGGCAUUUACACGUCUUUCCUCAGCUCACUGUCAGAGAUGACUGACACUUUUCCAUUGCAUGAGGUUGAGUCAGUGGCUCCUCCAUCUGAUCAUGUGAUCUAUUGUUGAGAAAAUCAAGAACAGAACAGCACACACUAACAGCGUGCUAACUAAUCAAUCAGCCUCCUCUCACACUGUAUUGAUAAUAGAUGCGAUUCAGUGUCCAAACAUUCCAGGGAGGUAUUGAAGUAUUUGUUUACCUAUCUGUCCAGACCCCAAAAGCUAUUUAAAGCAUCGCCAUUAGUCCAUCAGGACUAAUCUUCCUGGGUUCAUAAAUAAACAUGCAAUACCUACUUAAAAAACCCUCUCAGAACUCCACUAGUGCAUAGUGAUUACAGGCUAGGGGCCAGGGGUUGGGGGCUAGGGGUCGAUUUGGGAGUGGGAAAAAUGUUUGUUAAAAUGGCAAAUCUCUGUCUUCCCCUGUAGGUGACUCUGGAGAGGGUUCUGGGAAUCACAGCGUCUGGCAACAGUGGUCUGGCCUGUGACCCCCACUCAGGUUUGGUGGCCUAUCCUGCUGGGUGAGGAGAGAGAGAUUUGCGCUUGUAUUUGUAAACAACAAAAGAGAGAUUGCUGUCACUAUACAAUGAAACUGCACUGUUUGUGGUAACUGUGUGUGUGUAUGUGUGUGUGUGUGUGUGUGUGUGUGCUAUCAUGGAGGAACCAAGUUUUUUUCUCUGUUCUAACAGUGCUCAUUGGAUGUUAAAACCCAUCAAGAUGGCUCUGUAAUACUCUGCUCUCAUCCCGGGACUCAUUCCCUACAUUUGUUCCUCUAUGCUGAGGUUUUGCUUAGCUGUGCUGUGCACAAAGUUGCUGUUGCCUCAUGCAGACUAUGCAAGGUCCUGGCUCAACAUUAGCAGUGCUGAAUGAGUCCAAACUAAGAUUGGCUGGGGUUGGAGGGAUGGACAAUCAGAGUUUCUCAGGGUUGCUGCUAACACUGCCUGUAAGCAGAAACAGUAAACAGAGACAGAAAUGCAGCAAGAUCAUUAGGUCCUUGGACUAGCUCUGUGCCAAGGACUGUAUGUGUGUGUGUGUGUGUGUGUGUGUGUGUCUGUGUCUGUGUGUACUGUGUGUGUCUGUGUGUGUGUGUGUGUGUACUGUGUGUGUGUCACGAUCGUUACAUGAUGAAGCGGACCAAGGCGCAGCGUGAUAAGCGUACAUACUUUAUUCAGUACUGACACGAACAAAACAACAAACGAAACGUGAAGUCCUAGGUUAAUAACACAAACCUUAACGGAACAAGAUCCCACAAUAAACUGGUGCCAACAGGCUGCCUAAGUAUGGUCCCCAAUCAGAGACAACGAGCUACAGCUGUCUCUGAUUGGGAACCACCCUGGCCAACAUAGAAACUAAACGAUCUAGAACACAACAUAGAAAACUAUAACAUAGAAAAAUCCACACCCUGGCUCAACAUAUAAGAGUCCCCAGAGCCAGGGCGUGACAGUGUGUGUGUGUCUGUAUGUGUACUGCAUGCUCCUGGUACACUUAAUAGUCCAGGGACCUGGUUCACGCAGAGCUGUGUUACAGUAUUCACAGCUGCCAGGGUGUCUGCAACCCCACAAUAACUGUGACCAGGAAGUGGUGAUAGCAGGAAGUGAUAGACAUGCAUUAUGACGGGGACUCAGGUAUCAGAUUUGAAUGGCAGGCAGGUAGAAGCUCAAAGAGGUUCACACGAUUAUCAGCCUGGCUUAGCGAUUAUGUUUAGGAUCAAUGGAAGCUUUGCAGUAUUAACACUACUUUAAAUAUUACAUAUUCAGGAUUAAGAGAAGCAUUGUUGCAGAAAUCAGAACAGUAGAAUAAACAGCCCUUUGGAAGCAUGUUAGUUAACUAACACACCUGUUGGGUUGCUAGUGUUACAUCACACAUAGCCCUACUGUUCUGUCACUUCUGUAUUCAUCAAAUACCAAAUACCAAAUCACAGCCUUUUUGGAAAACACAAAUUGCCUUUAUGUCAUGUAGUUAUUCUAGACAAGACACGUGAGGCAAUUUUUGAAAAUGACACUGCAUGGGCAAGUUCUGGUUCAAUAAAGUUAACAGUGUAGUAGUUACAGUAGUAAUGACUACUGUGUAACCCUGGGGUGGGUGUGUGUGUGUGUGUAUCUUGAUCUGUAGCUGUGUGGUGGUUCUGCUGAAACCCAAGAAGAACAUACAGCACCACAUCCUCAAUACAUCCAGGUGAGACAUUACUGAUUACUCACUCACACUACCAUCUCCUAAUCAUCCUCUACUCAUCCUCUACUCAUCCUCUACUCAUCCUCUAAUCAUCCUCUACUCAUCCUCUAAUCAUCCUCUAAUCAUCCUCUAAUCAUCCUCUAAUCAUCCUCUAAUCAUCCUCUACUUAUCUUCUAAUCAUCCUCUAAUCAUCCUCUACUCAUCCUCUAAUCAUCCUCUAAUCAUCCUCUACUUAUCUUCUAAUCAUCCUCUAAUCAUCCUCUAGUCAUCCUCUACUCAUCCUCUAAUCAUCCUCUAGUCAUCCUCUACUCAUUCUCUACUCAUCUCCUAAUCAUCCUCUACUCAUCUCCUAAUCAUCCUCUACUCAUCCUCUAAUCAUCCUCUAAUCAUCCUCUAGUCAUCCUCUAGUCAUCCCCUGAUACAGGUAUGACUGUAACAACAGAAUACUUUUCUUUCUCUCAUCACAGGAAAACUAUCACAGCUCUGUCCUUCUCUCCAGAUGGCAAGUACUUGGUCACUGGAGAGGUAAGUUCUCCAACUCUCUCUCUUUCACACUUAGCUGGGCAGCUUAGCAAAACAAAAAGCACCACAUUUAGCAUAGAUGUACAUCUAUGUACUGUUAAAAGUCUACUCUCUCUCAUGUUGCUUUGAUUUUAAUCCUCAAAAGCUGAUUAGCAGGUUUGCUUGAAUAUCUCCCUGUGUUGUACAGUAGGUGUGGUAAUGUUCUAGCUCCAUAUCAGCUCAUGUGACUCCAUGCUGUUGUGUUGAUCGUCUGCUGCACGUUAGCCUAAUCCCUGCUAGCCAAUCAGAGCCGAUUAAAUCCUGUCAGUGGAUGAGCGCUCCGGAGUUGCAAUAGCAGCAGGGGUCAAAGUACCAAGUACCAUGCCCAUAGGACUGCUGUUGGUUAUUUUGAGGAGUGUAUGUCAAUUGAAUGCUUCCUAAAUGUAAUUUUCAUUUGGGUUGUGGUUGAAGACUAGAAUAUCACUAAUUGACUCUGUCAUUAUAUUGAUGGAAGUCCCCUACAAUGGAGGUGAUGAUGAGUCUGUUACUGAGAGCAGAACAAUCAGUAGGAUGUGUCAGAGAUAAAGUUGAGGAUAUCCCUGUAUCCCUGAGAGGAUGAUCUAACAACACACACACAGAGGAGCUGAUCCACACACAGUGUUUUUCUUAGAGUCCCUGUAUCCUCGGUUGACCCUGUCCUGAACUCUGAUCUGGACACAGUCAGAUUAAAGUAACAACCUUUUGACCUCUGAUAGUGUGUGAGAUGGUUCAGACAGAGUAGAUUGUGGCUGACACAGCAUGUGUAAUCUCACUGUGACUUUAUCUCUGUCUCCCCUUCUACCCAUCUAUUUCCCCCUCUCUCCCUCCACCUCCCCCCUCCCAGUCUGGCCUGCGGUGUGUGUGAGCAGCAGCAGGUGGCAGAGCUGCAGGAACAUAAGUACAGUGUGUCCUGUGUGGCCUUCUCUCCGAACAGUAAAUACAUUGUCAGUGUGGGCUACCAGCACGACAUGAUGGUCCACGUCUGGGCAUGGAAGGUACGCCAGCAGCCUCUGGCCAAUAGGCAUCUAUCUUACUUGCCCAAUGUCAGCUUUCUGUCAACCAAUUCAAUUCUAAUUUGCCCUGUGUGACAUUUCUGUGAAUCAAUAGUAUCUACCCUUCUGCUGUACAUGUUGUGUUUUCAGAAGAACACAGUAAUUGCUGCUAACAAGGUGUCCAGUAAGGUGACAGCAGUGUCCUUCUCUGAGGACAGCUCCUACUUUGUGACAGCAGGGAACAGACACGUCAAGUUCUGGGACCUGGACCACUUCAAAUCUAUCAAGGUACCUCCAUCUUUUUGUUUCCACUGUUUCUUUGUUUCCACUGCAACAUUUGUGUAGAGCAGUCACCAAACCUGGUCUUGAUGAACCUGAUUCACUCUUUGGUCUCUCUAUAGGCCAGUGCUCCAGUCUCCUGAUACUAACACAUAUUAGCUAAUAAUACUACCACAGGAGGUUGGUUGCACCUUAAUUGGGGAGAACGGGCUCGUUCUAAUGACUGGAGCGGAAUCGGUGUAAUGGUAACAAAUACAUCUAACACAUGAUUUCCAGGUGUUUGAUGCCAUUCCAUUUGCUCCGUUCCGGUCAUUAUUAUGAGUCGUUCUCCCCUCAGCAGCUUCCUGUGAAUACUACUAAUACUACUAAUAAUACUAAUAACACUAAUAACACUAGUGUUUCUGUUGUCUCCCUACAGGCCAGUGCUCCAGUCCCUCUGCUGGGGCGCUCUGGUCUCCUGGGGGAGCUGAGGAACAACUUAUUCUGUGACGUGGCAUGUGGGCGUGGCUCUAAGGCUGACAGCACCUUCUGUAUCACAUUCUCCGGCCUGCUCUGUGAGUUCAACAGCAAGAGGAUGCUGGACAAGUGGGUGGAUCUACGGGUGAGUCACUGAGGCUGCGUUUACACAGGCAGCCCAGUUCUGAUCUUUUUUUCCCUAGGGAGGGGCUUAGUGAAUGACAUUGGAGUGUGAAGUUGCCUUUAACAGGUGGCCUCAUGCUAGGACUUGGCUGGCAUGGUCUCUCUCAAGUUCCUUGGUGUCCACAUCACCAACAAACUAUCAUGGUCCAAACACACCAAGACAGUCGUGAAAAGGGCACGACAAAGCCUAAUCCCCAUCAGGAGACUGAAAAUAUUUGGCAUGGGUCCUCAGAUCCUCUAAAAGUUCUACAGCUGCACCAUCGAGAGCAUCCUGACUGGUUGCAUCACCACCUGGUAUGGCAACUGCUCGACCUCCGACCGCAAGCCACUACAGAGGGUAGUGCGUACGGCCCAGUACAUCACUGGGGCCAAGCUUCCUGCCACCCAGGACCUCUAUACCAGGCGGUGUCAGAGGAAGGCCCUAAAAAUUGCCAAAGACUCCAGCCACCCGCACGGCAAGCGGUACCGGAGUGCCAAGUCUAGGUCCAAAAGGCUUCUUAACAGCUUCUACCCCCAAGCUAAUCAAAUGACUACCUGGACUAUUUGCAUUGUGUCCCCCCCCCCCUCUUUUUACGCUGCUGCUACUCUCUGUUUAUUAUUUAUGCAUAGUCACUUUAACUCUACCCACAUGUACAUAUUACCUCAAUUAACUCCACUAACAUGUGCCCCCGCACAUUGACUCUGUACCGGUACCCCCUGUAUAUAGCCUCGCUACUGUUAUUUUACUGCUGCUCUUUAAUCUUUUUUUAUUUUUCAAUUUUUUUUAUUUUUACUUAUCUAUUUUCUACUUAACACUUAUUUUUCUUAAAACUGCAUUGUUGGUUAAGGGCUUGUAAGUAAGUAUUUCACUGUAAGGUCUACACGCAUGUGACAAAUACAAUUUGAUAUGAUUUGAUGUGUCUGUUGCGUGAAAGGGGUUCAUGUCUGUCUUUGGUAUGGACUCUGUCCAACUGUAGGCUCUAUAGAGGUUUGUGUGUCCCCUGUGUCCUGCCAGCGAUAAGGGGAUCACAGAGUGAUAAGGGUUAGGGACCGGGACAGGGACGGGGACAGGAUGUGUUUGUAACACUUCCAAUGUGAACACCUUCAUCCAUCCAAGUCCAACCAGGAGUGAGGCCAGGACAUUACUGACUGGAUCCCUGUGUCCUUUAGACUAGAUUUUCUCUGUUGCAUCAUUUCCUGUCUGUAGACCUCUGUGUCUGAGAAGUACCUCCAAGUUAAAUGAUAUUGAUUGAUUAAUUGGUAGACUGACUGAUUGGUUGAUCGAUCUCCUCCUGUCCCUGUAGACCAGUGUGGACAGGUCUCUGUGUGUGUCAGAGGAGCUGAUCUUCUGUGGCUGUGCUGAUGGCAUGGUACGAGCCUUCAGCCCUGCUGACCUGGGGUUCAUCUGCACCCUGCCACGACCACACCACCUCGGCACUGACGUGUCCACCGUUACACAGGCCAGGUGUGACACACACACACACACACACACACACACACACACACACACACGUACACACACCUUUGUAUAAAAGUUACCCUUAGGUACAGAUCUAAGAUCACCUUACCCUUCCCAAUGCUAACCACCAUUGGACUGGCUUUAUAUCAGUGUCUAUGGGCAACUUCACAUCCCUGUUUUACAAACACCAUAUUAUGAGCUGAAUGAUGCAGGUUACUCCUGGUAUACCAUGCAUUAACAUUAGUCACACAUUCCUUCCUUCCUCCCAUCAGCCACCUGUUCACCAACAAGAUGGCUGCCCUCUACCCUGACUCGGUGGCAGUGAACUAUGACCCGGUCAGUCAUUGGUUGAGCUGCGUGUAUAACGACCACAGCCUGUAUGUGUGGGACGUCAGGGACCUCCAUUGAGUGGGCAAGGUGCACUCUGCCCUCUAUCACGUCGCCUGUGUCUGGGACCUGCAGGUAAGAAACAUAAUGUCAAGAUAUCAGAGUAAUAUGUGAGGGCUGUAGAGAUGAUUCAUUGUGCUGUGGUUGAGGGUACAGUUGAAGUCGGAAGUUUACAUACAACUUAGCCAAAUACAUUUAAACUCAGUUUUUCACAAUUCCUGACAUUUAAUCCUAGUAAAAAUUCCCUGUUUUAGGUCAGUUAGGAUCACCACUUUAUUUUAAGAAUGUGAAAUGUCAGAAUAAUAGUAGAGAGAAUUAUUUAUUUCAGCUUUUAUUUCUUUCACCACAUUCCCAGUGGGUCAGAAAUUUACAUACACUCAAUUAGUAUUUGUUAGCAUUGCCUUUAAAUUGUUUAACUUGGGUCAAACGUUUUGGGUAGCCUUCCACAAGCUUCCCACAAUAAGUUAGGUGAAUUUUGGCACAUUCCUCCUGACAGAGCUGGUGUAACUGAGUCAGGUUUGUAGGCCUCCUUGCUCGCACAUGCUUUUUCAGUUCUUCCCACACAUUUUCUAUAGGAUUGGGGUCAGGGCUUUGUGAUGGCCACUCCAAUACCUUGACUUUGUUGUCCUUAAGCCAUUUUGGCACAACUUUGGAAGUAUGCUUGGGGUCAUUGUGCAUUUGGAAGAACCAUUUGCGACCAAGCUUUAACUUCCUGACUGAUGUCUUGAGAUGUUGCUUCAAUAUAUCCACAUAAUUUUCCUUCCUCAUGAUGCCAUCUAUUUUGUGAAGUGCACCAGGCCCUCCUGCAGCAAAGCACCCCCACAGCAUGAUGCUGCCACCCCCAUUCUUCACGGUUGGGAUGGUGUUCUUCGGCUUGCAAGUCCCCCCUUUUUCCUGCAAACAUAACAAUGGUCAUUAUGGCAAACAGUUCUAUUUUUGUUUCAUCAGACCAGAGGACAUUUCUCCAAAAAGUGCGAUCUUUGUCCCCAUGUGCAGUUGCAAACCGUAGUCUGGCUUUUUUAUGGUGGUUUUGGAGCAGUGGCUUCUUCCUUGCUGAGCGGCCUUUCAGGUUAUGUCGAUAUAGGACUCGUUUUACUGUGGAUAUAGAUACUUUUGUACCUGUUUCCUCCAGCAUCUUCACAAGGUCCUUUGCUGUUGUUCUGGGAUUGAUUUGCACUUUUCCCACCAAAGUCCAUUCAUCUCUAGGAGACAGAACACAUCUCCUUCCUGAGUAGUAUGACAGCUGUGUGGUCCCAUGGUGUUUAUACUUGCAUACUAUUGUUUGUACAGAUGAACGUGGUACCUUCAGGCGUUUGGAAAUUGCUCCCAAGGAUGAACCGGACUUGUGGAGGUCUUGGCUGAUUUCUUUUGAUUUUCCUAUGAUGUCAAGCAAAGAGGCACUGAGUUUGUAGGUAGACCUUUAAAUACAUCCACAGGUACACCUCCAAUUGACUCAAAUGAUGUCAAUUAGCCUAUCAGAAGCUUCUAAAGCCAUGACAUCAUUUUCUGGAAUUGUCCAAGCUGUUUAAAGGCACAGUCAACUUAAUGUAUGUAAACUUCUGACCCACUGGAAUUGUGAUACAGUGAAUUAUAAGUGAAAUAAUCUAUCCGUAAACAAUUGUUGGAAAAAUUACUUGUGUCAUGCACAAAGUAGAUGUCCUAACCGACUUGCCAAAACUAUAGUUUGUUAACAAGAAAUGUGUGUAGUGGUUGAAAAACGAGUUUUAAUGACUCCAACCUACGUGUAUGUAAACUUCCGACUUCAACUGUAUAUGGAAGUACCUCAGUACUCUACAGAGUGUGUUACUAUACUGUUCUAUCGUAUCCUUCUCCAUGACUUUUUUCUCCCCGCGCUGCUGACUGCUAUUUUGGUCCGCUCAUACAGGAGUAAUAAAGUAAUACUACUUCCCGCGGAAGUGCUCUCUGUUCUCCAGAUGUUCCCAGAGGUCUCAGAGGUCCCAGAGUCUGGCCUGUGUUCUGGAGUGUUCUUCAGCUGUUCAGCAGACAACACAGUCAGACUGUGGAGUUCAGAGGGUCAGGGACACACUCACACACACAAUGUUCUCAGUAAGGUGAGUGUUCCAUGUCUCACAAUGUAGUCCGGUAGAUGCACUACAUUACCAAAAGUAUGUGGACACCUGCUCGUCGAACAUCUCAUUCCAAAAUCAUGGGCAUUAAUAUGGAGUUGGUCCCCCCUUUGCUUCUAUAACAGCCUCCACUCUUCUGGGAAGGCUUUCCACUAGAUGUUGGAACAUUGCUGCGGGGACUUGCUUCCAUUCAGCCACAAGCAUUAGUAAGGUCAGCCACUGAUGUUGGGCGAUUAGGCCUGGCUCGCAGUCUGCGUUCCAAUUCAUCCCAAAGGUGUUCGAUGGGGUUGAGGUCAGGGCUCUGUGCAGGCCAGUCAAGUUCUUCCACACUGAUGUCGAUAAACCAUUUGUGUAUGGACCUCGCUAGCACAAAACAUGAAAAACAGCCCCAGACCAUUAUUCCUCCUCCACCAAAAUUUACAGUUGGCACUAUGCAUUCGGGCAGGUAGUGUUCUCCUGGCAUCCACCUAACCCAAAUCCGUCCGUCGGACUGCCAAUUUCCACUGCUCCAGAGUCCAAUGGCGGCGACCUUUACACCACUCCAACCGACGCUUGCAUUGUGCAUGGUGAUCUUAGGCUUGUGUGCGGCUGCUCGGCCAUGGAAACCCAUUUCAUGAAACUCCCGACGAACAGUUCCUGUGCUGACGUUGCUUCCAGAGGCAGUUUGGAACUCGGUAGUGAGUGUUGCAACUGAGGAAAGACGAUUUUUAUGGGCUGCGCGCUUCAGCACUCGGCGGUCCCGUUCUGUGAGCUUGUCUGGCCUACCACUUCGCUGCUGAGCCGUUGUUGCAGCUAGACGUUUCCACUACACAAUAACAGCACACCGGGGAAGCUCUAGCAGGACAGACAUUUUACGAACUGACUUGUUGGAAAUGUGGCAUCCUAUGACGGUGCCACGUUGAAAGUCACUGAGCUCUUCAGUAAGGCCAUUCUACUGCCAAUGUUUGUCUAUGGAGAUUGCAUGGCUGUGUGCUCGAUUUUAUACACUUGUCAGCAACAGGUGUGGCUGAAAUAGCCGAAUCCACUAAUUUGAAGGGGUGUCCACAUACCUUUGUAUAUAUAGUGUAGCAACCCACCUCUUCAUGUGAAAAGCUGUAUUGUGUUGAGAUAAACUGUUAAACCUCUUGCUGUAUUGUGUUGAGAUAAACUGUUAAACCUCUUGCUGUAUUGUGUUGAGAUUUACAUUUUAGUCAUUUAGCAGACGCUCUUAUCCAGAGUGACUUACAGUUAGUGAAUACAUAUUUUUUUUAUACUGGCCCCCCGUGGGAAUCGAACCCACAACCCUGGCGUUGCAAACGCCAUGCUCUAUCAACUGAGCUACAUCCCUGCUGGCCAUUCCCUCCCCUACCCUGGACGACGCUGGGCCAAUUGUGCGCCGCCCAUGAGUCUCCCGGUCGCGGCCGGCUGCGACAGAGCCUGGAUACGAACCAGGAUCUAGUGGCACAGUUAGCACUGCGAUGCAGUGCCUCAGACCACUGCGCCACUCAGGAGUACCCUAGUAAGGUAAACUGUUAAACCUCUUGCUGUAUUGUGUUGAGAUAAACUGUUAAACCUCUUGCUGUAUUGUGUUGAAAUAAACUGUUAAACCUCUUGCUGUAUUGGCUCCUGAGAGUCUUCUUGCUCCCUUACUUCCACUGCACUCCGGCCAUCCUUACUUCUUUCAUCCAAUAUCUCCGGCCAUCCUUACUUCUUUCAUCCAAUAUCUCCGGCCAUCCUUACUUCUUUCAUCCAAUAUCUCCGGCCAUCCUUACUUCUUUCAUCCAAUAUCUCCGGCCAUCCUUACUUCUUUCAUCCAAUAUCUCCGGCCAUCCUUACUUCUUUCAUCCAAUAUCUCCGGCCAUCCUUCCUUCAUUCAUCCACCUCUCUACCCCUCAGGACCUGUUGAAGGUGAUCUAUAUGGAUGGAAACACCGCUGCCCUGGUGGAUACAGAGGGAAGUGUGUCAGUAAGUACACAGAAGACAGACAGUCAGACAGCAGAGACCAGGACAGGCAUCAGGACAAUCUGUGUCAGCCCCAAUGGGAAACACCUGGCGUUUGGAGACUGCAACGGGAUACUGAGGUAGGAAACGGGAUCAGAACGGGAUUAAAAUGGGAUUGGGAUGGUAUGGGGAUGGAAUGGAAUGGGAUGGGGAAUGGAUGGAAUGUCAUGGGGAUAGAAUUGGAUGGAAUGGGAUGGGGAUGGACUGGAAUAGGGAUGGGGAUGGAAUGGGAUGGGAUGGAAUGGGGAAUGGAUGGAAUGUCAUGGGGAUAGAAUGGGAUGGAAUGGUAUGGAUGGGGAUAGGGAUGGGAUGGAAUGGGAUGGUGAUGGAAUGGGAUGGGGAUAGAAUGGGAUGGAAUGGAAUGGAAUGGGGAUGGAAUGGAGAUUGGAAUGGAAUGGAUGGAAUGUCAUGGGGAUAGAAUGGGAUGGAAUUGGAUGGAAUGGGAUGGGGAUGGGGAUGGGGAUGGGAUGGAAUUAAAUGGGGAUGGAAUGGGGGUCUGAAUGGGAUGGGGAUGGCUGGGUGUGUCUUUUCUUUCUGGGCUUUUUCUUGGUCUUGGGGGUGGGAUGUGUUUCUUCCUGGGGAUUUCUGGGAUGGGGAUUGGGAUGGGAAUGGAAUGGAAUGGGAUGGAAUGUGAUGGAAUGGGGAUGGGAUGGAAUGGGGAUGGGAAUGGAGUUUCGUAUGUAUCUAACUGGAUGUUAAGAGGUGUACAAUACAGGAGUACCUUUUCACACACUGUUUGUGCGUAUGUUCUGCAGGGUUCAUGACCUCAGCAGUAUGGCAGAGAUUCAGAAGGUGGAGGCCCAUGACUCCGAUAUACUGUGUCUGGAGUACCAUCUGAUCCACGUCCUGGAUGCUGACAAAGACUAUGGUCUAGUCCAGACCCUGGACGAACACUCUUCAUCCAUCACAGCCGUCCGAUUCGCUGGUGAGUGACCUGUGACCUCACGACAUCAGAGAGGAAGACCUCACUCUGUAGAACAGAAACAGUCUAUGUAGUGAGGUUUGACAGUAGGAGAAAAUUAUGUAAGAUCUUGGUCAUGAUCAAAGCUCUGUGAUUGGUCUCAUGGCUAUGGUGACAUUGCCUCUCCUUCAGCCAAUGACAACAAGGUGAGGAUGAUCAGCUGUGGAGCAGACAAGAGCAUCUACUUCCGUAUGGCUCACAGGGUAAGACACUCAACACUCAAUCAGGGUACACAGGGUAAGGAACAUGUUAUUGUGCCCCGUUACAAUUACAGAAUUCCAAAAGGUAUUAUGUAAGUAACUGGGACCUUUUAUGUAAGGUAUUAUGUAAGUAACUGGGAUCUGUUCCAUCUAUUAACAUGCUCUUUGUUUUUACCAAGUGGCUGCGUGUCAGUAUUUAACUUUAACUUUCUGUCUUGUUUUUAUGAGUAUUAAAAACAUCCCUUACUGUCUAGAAUGUAAUGUAGCUCUGCUUGUAUGUGACCUGCAGACAUAGAGAAUAACUUAAGAUGAUGUUGACAUUACUGUUCAAGAGUCAAACAACAGUAAGCUAGAUAAAUAAACAAAUGAUAUCAUUAGUUUUCUUGUUCUCUUCCCCCUCAGACAGACAGAGGUACAGAGUUCAGGCGGUCUCACCACGUGGUGAUGAAGUGUGCUCUGUAUGACAUGGAUGUAGAGCCCAGCUGUAAGUACGCUGCUGUGGGUUGCCAGGACCGAUGCAUCAGGAUCUUCAACAUCAGCAGUGGGAAACAGAAGAAACUCUACAAGGGUUCACAGACUGAGGAUGGCAGCCUGCUCAAGGUUUAGGAUCAUUCAACUCUAUCUAAAACUCUAUCAAUGACAGAAAGAAAAUGUCAGCUCACUGUUGCUGCUCGCCAAAUAAGUUAUUUAUGAAGCUUGUGAUAGUCACAAUGUUUCAACUAGUGAUGAGCACUGGUAUGGAAAAUCUACAUUGAUAUCAGUUGCGUUUUUUCGAUCCGAUAUCAGUAUCAAAUCAGUUUGAAUGAAUAACAUUGCAACUGUGUGGACUUUACUUCCACGGCUUUGUGAAGUUCAUACAACUUCUUGCUGAUGACCCAUUGGGCCAAGUUUGAAUGUUCUGGAGGCUUACCCAACCAGUUAGACUACAAUAGGAAGCCUGUUGAUGGCCCAUCAGCAGGCAGUUAAGUAUGCUAAGUUGAGAACCAGUGAGAGGAUUUUGUGCCUGCACGAUCAGUCAUGUAUGUAUGCUCUUUUACAUAAUAGUGUCGGUUAACAGCAAGGAUAAACCGGUAUCACGAUAUGGCUUGCUCAUAUCCAUAUUAAACUAUAUCGAUAUCAUAUCGAAUUAUUGGUAUUCACCACUUUUCAACCUUUUUGUUGUGUUGCUCCCCAUGCUGGUCCAGACUGAUCCGUCUGGACAGUACGUUGCCACUAGCUGCUCUGAUAAGAACAUCAGCAUCUUUGACUUCUGCUCUGGAGAGUGUGUGGCCACCAUGUUCGGACACUCUGGUAACACUCCAUGCCAUACUGUAUACUGCACACAUACACAUAGUAUGAAAACAACCUAGCAGCCAGCUGAGUAUCUCUCUCUUCCUGUUCUCAGAGAUAGUGACUGGGAUGAAGUUCACCAACGACUGUAAACAUCUCAUCUCUGUGUCUGGGGACAGGUAUGACCCCCCUGUCACAGUGGCAGGUACAUGUGUGUCUUUGUGUCUGUUAAAGCUGUCAUGGUGGCUAGAUAUAUAUCUCCCUGACCGCUGGCCAUUGUCUAUUCCAGCUGUAUCUUUGUGCGGCGUCUGGCUCCAGAGCUGACAAUGAAUAUGAGAGAACGUCUUUCCCAACUCAGACGACCCCCCUCACACCCCUCUGCAACACCUCCAUACUCAGGUAAAGGAUUGGAUGAGUGUAAUCAGUAGAGUAACAGUUUCCACAAGGGGUAUGGGCUAGAGGACUGGGAAGAUAUUUCACUCUCCUUUUUGCUGUUGUGUGUGUGGUGUAGGCGUGAGGGGUACAGUGCGCCCGCUCUGGGUCUGGUGUCAUCACAGUGUGACCAUGAAGUGGAGGAGCAGGGGCCAGAGGAGUGGGGACGACCCCUGUGACCCGGAACCGAUCACAGUCAACAGUAACACCUCCUCAGGGAGUAGCCAUGACAACAACACAGGUAUAGACUGA